AUGUUCAAGCCAACACAGGUAGCCUGCUCCAAGGCGAGCCGUUUGCCGCUCAACUCGAAAAAGGCCAACCGCGAUUUCUUCAAAGGCACACGUACAGGUAACAUCAUGCGCCGUAAGCGCAUCGCUACUGCCGAUCCACGCGGGAACCAGCUGUACGAUACCAAUGGCAGAGAACGAUACUGGCACCUGAAGACCAAGCGCAUCGACGAAGCUAGGGUGCCCAACUACGUCGUUCCUCCCGGUCUGGCCGAGACAAAAUUGCGACCUUACGUAUUCGCAGGAGCAAGCGCCGACGGCGGAGUAUCGAGGAAGGGCAAGUUCGGUCUGCCGGAAUACCCAAGGAUGGACGCAAAUGGGUUCGAUGGCACCUAUUACAGAUCGGUCAUCGGAGACCUGCUGCAGAAGCGUAGGAUCAAGGAGCAGCAGGAUGAGGACAGGAGGACCGCCCAGGCUUCCUCUCGCAGCUGA